CACUGGCAGUGCUUACGCUGCUUUCCAUAUCACUAACUGGGAGCACAAUAAAUAGCGUUUGGCUCACUGUGAGGCUCCAGAAAUGAGUGUGUGCAGAGCCUUCGGUUAGCGGUUCCCCUCCUGAGCAGAGGGGGUGUCACCUGCUGGAUACCUCUGCCUUUCUCUCUUGCCUUCGCUGCCAGGUCUGCUGGGGCCGAGUCAAGUGGUGCUGCCCAACUUCUCACCAGCCUUGCAGGUAGAGGAGAAUCUGUAGCAAAUUGGGCAAAAGAAAGGAAGGGACAAGUUUUCUUUCCCAGUCCAUGGAAAAAUAAUCUCUUGGGUUAUCAUCUGGAGACUGUGGAAAGUGCAAACAUGAGCAACGAGAGACCUGUGACCCCUGGCUCAUCUACACUGGCUGAGGGCGUGAAGAGAAAGAGGGGAAGACCAAAGAAGCAGCCACAGGAGGAGGCUGUGGGACCAUUGCCAGUGAAGAAACCACGAGGAAGGCCAAAAGGAAGCAAGAAAGUGACAACCGUAUCUGGAGAGAUGGUAGAACCUUCUGCUGGGAAAAGGCCAAGAGGGAGGCCCCGCAAGUGGCCUCAACUAGCCCAAGAAGCAGCAUUUCAGGAAGGAAAUCCUCCGGGAAGCAGCGAAUUGAAUUUGAAGUCGGUACCAGCCGCACAAGGCAUCACUGGAAAAGAUGGUUCCAGGCCUGGCAAAACUACUGAUCUCAGGAGAUCUCUGAGUAACAUCCCUGCCCCAGCGCAGUAGCAUGCCUCCUGUUCAUCUCUUGUGGAAACCAGAGGACUGGAAGGCAAACAGAACUUUUAAUGUCAUAUUUCACAUUCUGCUGUUGUGAUAAAUUUGGCCAAGCUUUCUCUCCUACUGUCUGCUGGCUUACCCCAAACAUCCGAACAGUGACUUGGGGGAAGCAAUGGUAAACACCUUGUUGGGGAGAUGCUUUCAAUUUGUAGUAUGUAUUUUGUGAGGAUAUGAAUCUUGCUUAAAAAUCCUUGGAUAAUGUGGUGCCUUGCCCUGCUAUAGGCAGCAGCAGUUCAACAGAAAGGUCAGCUCAGCAAUGCAGAUACAGUGAAAGAAACCUAUUUACACAGCUAAUUGCUGAGCGUGUAUAUAAUAGUGCUCCCUCUGGCACACUGAUGGAGCAGUCCCAAGAGUUAAGUUUUGCUCAGUUGCCCAUAGGGAUUGCAUCUGAAACACAGUCUUCAAGUCCUUUUUGGCUAUAUGAGAAAUAAAAGCCUUCAUGACAUUUCCAGGUUAACCACUGCUGUUGCUCCAGUGGUCAAUAACUUGGACACUUUAGAGGAAAGCUCUCACCUUGGUGUCUAGGGGAUUGACUCUGAAAUUCCUAGCCUCGCGUUAUCACCUCAGGGCCGUCUCCUAUAACCAGCUUUUGGCCUGCUGGCACUGCCCUGAAUCCGAGAGCAACUUUGAGUGAACAGUGUUUACAAGCUUAGUCACAGUCACUGGAUUUCGUCACUUCAAAGGAGUGCCUGUAGACUCAGUUACACAAAGGUUGCUUCCUUGCAGAGCCUCAGGAUUCAGUUUAAAUUACUGCUCUGUCUUCAGUUCAUAACGUGCGUGUGUGGGGUCCUCUAGUGUUGCAGCUAUGCAAAUAAAACUUGCUGAUACCGUUUAGUUUUGGGAGACAGCAGUAGCCAGCUGGUCUCGGAUGUGUUGCUGGAUGUUGCUGGUCUCACGUUGUUUGUAGAUUUGUGCUUUCCGUGUCGGAGCUGCUCUGGUUAAACUCUGAGGAACUGGGAGUAUUUCCAAUAUCCAGUUGGAAACGGUGAGAUCUCAGGGAUAUUUUCCAUCCUGUGGAUGCUCUGCCUAUCUAUUAAAGGGACAAAGUGGGUAUUGCAAUUAUCUUUGACAAGAUGUAAAAUGGGCUCGCUUACAGCGUUAAAUAUUUAAGCAGAACAUAAUUGGCUUUAAAUUUAUGGCAGUGCAUAGCAGAAACCCAUGAAACGGCAGUAUCUAUUGAGCUCAUUUAUUAUGCUUUCAUCAGAGGUCUGUUCCCUUAAGCAGGUAUUUAUUUCACACAAGAAAAUGUAUGUAGCAGUAGGAGGAAGGGCUGACUGGAGAAAGAUAGUAGGAAAGAAAAGGUCUUUCUAGGUCCUUCUAGGUCAUCUGCCCAGUUUAGUAGUGAUCAGAAUCCUGAUCCUGUUGGUUCUGUGUGUUGUCUGGUUUGCCCUAACAGUAGUUUCUUGUGUAUGGAGUUUAGUAGAAACUUGUAUGACAGCAACCUUUGUGCGUCCUCCUGCACUACAGAGCAGUGAAAUUGAGGAUUGAAUGGAUUAGAUCACAGGGACUGACCUAUAUCUGAUACUGUAGGAUGAGGCAUGCUGCCAGGCAUGGGCAGAGUUGGA